AGUGAUGACCCUGACAGUGUCCUUGGUCCAGCUACCUUAGCUUACCGUCAAAUGGACUUGGAUGAUGAACGUUGCGUUAUGCUUAUUAACGACUUCAAAACCAAAUGGUUUACCUUACUUUCUAGAGUGGAUGCUUGUAAGUGAAUUACUUUUGUCAACACAACUUUACUGUAGCACCCACCGUAGAUGAAAUGGUUUUGAGUUCCAUAAAUAGCAUUGCAAACCUUUUAAUUUCUCAUAGGCCUAAAAUGGGUCAAUUUGAUCCUAUUUUUGAUUUGGCUUUAAAGUUAGGAGUCUUCGAAUGUCUUUUUCGCUGGAAUUUUGUGUUCACCGGCUCAGACUUGGAGGAACUCAAAGCAAAGGAACUACAAUUUUAUGAUUCCUUAAUCACUGGAGACGGGAAAUACUACUUGUGUCAUGUAGAGUUCGCUUUGCCCCUGCUGGCUACACUCCACCACUGUGCCAUUCGAUCUUGCUUCACCGUAGAACGUCUUCUGGUUCGAACUUUGAAUUCCGUCUGCGCCACUUUGUGCUCCAAUUCAACAAUUCCCGAAUCCACAGAAACAGUGCACUCCUCUCAUUUCAGUGGACACGAUGAGUUGCUUUACUUCAAGCGAUGGUGUCUGGGCCUGCUUGAUGGAAACCUUGUUCCUGCCCACAAGCGAAGCGAAGAGAACGAUGAUUUCACUAGUUCACCGAACCCAGUGGAGUGCACCAAUAAAUUCAAUUUGACCGAGUUCGUUGAUUGGUCGUGGCCUACUGAGACGAAGUGCAACCGCCUGUCUUCCGCCCCCGCGUCCUGCGAAUACGGUGUAGUGGACAGGUCAUCUACUAUCGACUCGAUUUUUGACUUACUUGCGCCGUUUGUUUUUCGCGAGGGUGAUCUUGGGUGGCAAGCACGGGAUGCGCUUUUACUCGCUGCGACCUACUCCUCUCGUGAUGAAGAGUUCAGUUAUGGUAUGGCCAACCAUUCUUCAGUUUGUCCGGUUUUAGCCACCGGCUUAGCUACUCUUUACGCAGAACUACCACGUCGUUUGGUUGAAAAUAACCUUCCUGAAUCUUGGCCAGCUUUCAUGAACGCCCUAGACGAACAGGAAAAAAGUUCCACGAAGUUUGCUGAAUUUCUCAACGCUUUGGAAUUUUGUCAGUCGGUGCUAGAGGUUGCUCAUCCGAUGCUUCAAUCAAGUCUGCUUCACUACAUUCAUUCCGGUUUCUUUGUUUCCGUCCUCGGACUCUCUCUCACCAGAUCUAGCGUAGAAGAGGUAGCAACCGCAACUGCAUAUCUGAAGCAACUCAUUCUCCGAACGGCCAGAUCGUCACUCCUUCCAACCUUACUGCGUUUUCUGCUGACUAGCAUGCCUUUCGAGCGACCCGAAUUGCAAUCACCCAUCGCCGAUACUGCUCUAACCUCUAAUCUGUCCACUGCUCUUCCCUCCGAUGAAUUCGAAGUGAAAACGACUGCAGUUGGAGAAACCUAUAUGGAUUUGCUCAUUUCCAGAUUACAUUCAUGCAAUACCCUACUUGGAAUUGUGACGUUAUCUCUUUUCAAUGCAAUCAUCUCGUUGAACUGCGAGGACGUCAUGUUGUACUUGGUCUUGAGAUACCUUGUGCCAUUCCGUGAUGGUCUUCUGCAGCAAGGAUGGGUGUGGCCCGAGUCUGACACAUUUGCUCGGGCAGCAGGAGAUUUCCUGGACUUGAUCUUAGCUUAUGAUUGCUCCGAAAAUGGUUCCGUUGUCCAUAGUAAGAGCCCGCGUACCAGCUCAGUGGUCACCUCUUCCUACGGCUCCGUUGCUGAACUCAAUCUGGACGAUGAAGUGAACCCAAAGGACGUCGAAGGUGACCAGGCUUUUCUGUCUCCAAUGAGUGAUGUCUCCGGAUUGAUUAAUGGUUUCAGUGGAACUGGACUUCCCUCAACGUCACAACUUGAAUCGCUUCAGACGAACGGAAGCUCCACUUACCGGACGGCGAACAUGUGUGCACUCAUACCCGUUCACUCGGAGUCUGUCACUAACCGCAAGAUUACCAUUGGAAUCCCUGGGUGCAGAGAUCUAACAUUGGUUCACGCACACCACUCCCCGAUGCAUACACAUUCUUUUUGUGCCCAGCAUGAACUUAAGGCAUGCGUAGCGGCGGAAGAUUGGUUAAGCUAUGUCGCUUGGGCCCGAGAGGCCAUUCGUUCUCGCGCGAACGCUUGCAGCCAAUGGCGGUUACAGUUUGAUCAGCAGAAUCCCACAGCGGUACAACUGGCAAGUUUUGAACAAUACUUGCAGAAAAGUAGACAACACAAUGGAGACACUACCGUUCAAUCGUAUCAAGCAUUGGUACCAGAACAUAGCCUACAAAACCUGUCUCCUUUCAGUUUUCUUACUAUCCACCCGUACGCGCGCACUGAAAUAGCUCUACAAGCGGGUGAGGAAGCAGCAAGAUCCAUCCACUUGACGGUGAGCAAAUUGGACAUCGAUGCGGAGUUAGAAUUGGACGCCUCGAGUCCGGAAUCCCCUCCGCCGAACAAAUCCACAAACCUAUAUCUCAACAAAGAAACUGCCCAGCAAACAUUCUUCCCAACCAGAGAAUCAUCUGUCGCUUCCGCACAUCUUGCUUGCCGUAAUACGAAUGUGUUUUCGGAUGACUUGGACUCUGCUGAUUCUGGGUGUUUAAUCACGGAUCGCAGGCCGAACCGGAUCAGUCCCCUGUACACCAGUUUGAGCGACUACCAUCUCUCAUCUCUGUCCCCCAAAACUUGGUCCAACAUAUCCAAUGUCCAAAAAAUCAAAUCUUGGUAUUGCCUAAGCUACACAGAUCCUGAUAUUGGCCGUUUUCCGACAGAAGGUGAUGAGCCACCACUUGUUCCUGCAGCUGAGCCACCACCGAAGACCAAUGCACCGGUUUGUUGCCGCUGUAACUCCACUCGUGACCUUGAUAUGCAAGCGUUGCAACGUGUUUCGAGUGCAUUAGACCUGGACACCUUCGUUGGUUGUCUGGAUAAACUGGACUGCGCCGAUUUGUUGGAUCAUUCAGGUAGACAUGUGCAGUCUAUCGAAUUGGAGUCUUAUUUCAGCGGAUCUAUUGAUCCUACUCCGCGAAGCCAACAUGACACGGCUGGUCCCAUCGUGCCACUCGAGUUACACGAUAUAUUGAUUUCUGGUUCUCCUCAACAGCAGCAAAGGCGGCUAUCUGAGCAAGAUGAUGCACGAUCGUCCAUUAUUACCACUACCUCGGAGUGUUGGAAUCAAAGGGGAAGGCAUUCGCUUCGUCACACCCCGACUGGUCAGAAAGCCCAUCGAAUGGCGUGUCAUGACUCCACCCAAGACUACGUCAACUCAUCGUCUGGCCAGUUUCUCGGUGCUCUCCACAGAAGACGCUCAUGUGGUAGCAAGGGUCCGCCCACCGAAAUGGUUUCGAACAGUCCAAAGACAACUAUCAGACCCAUUCAGGACUCUCCUAGUCAUACUCCGUUCCCCUCCCUCGGCCCAUUCCUCACUACCAUUUUAACCCGGCUGGAAAACCUCCCUCGCAACUGCUUUUACGCCAAUCUUCUUUUGACAAACCUGCUUUCCAGUUUGGCUGCAUAUCCUAUCCCUCUGCUCAGAGCUAUCGUCUUGUUUGUUCCCCCGGUCGCCCCGCUGGGUGAAAAAGCAUCAUAUCCAAACAGCUUUAAAGGAUCCGCAUUAAAGACAUUGAACGCAGCCUGUUGCCAGUUACCCCACGCAGUUCUCUCCGGUGUUCGAAGGCAAUUAGAUUUGUUCUCAGUGCAAUACUCUGUCCACGGGAAGCAUCGCGUUGGCAAAGCGUAUUCCUUCAUGGAACUGGUUGAAGACGCUAAAUUGUAUUUUCAGGCCUGUGCCGACCAACGACAUUCCCCCACUAUAUUGAAUGGAAUUACGCUUGCCGCCUCGAGUGCGAUUACGGACCCUUUGAAGUGUGAGCGUCAAUCAAUUUUUCGCCGCGUAUUCUCUCGCCGUCGAAAGAAUCAUGGGACCAUUGGAGCUUCUAGGAUUAAAUCGGAUACCUCGAUCACGGAGCAUUCCAGCUCGGCCAACUCAGCUUUACCGUUAGAGUUUGAGCGUUCCUCUUACGUCUCCACACUGUCAAGUAAACCUAACUUUCAGUGGCUUCCGGAUGCACUACCUCAAAGCACCACAGGUAUGAGACGUUUGGGAAACCAUCAAACCCAAACGAAGCGAGGCAAUCGAAAGUCCGCUUCGUUCAAGCGGGAAAAGAUCAGCUGGAUCACAAUUCAGAGGAUGGUUCUUUGUGCAGUGAUCUUUGAAGAAUUUUGCAAGGAACUCGCUGCUCUAUGUGUUGAGCACAGUGUUCACGGCUGAAUCUGGAACUCACUACUCCAGAAUAGGGAAGCGUUCCAAACCUGCUUAUCCUAUUUGAGUUAUUCAGUGCCAUGACAGCUGCCCUGGAAUUUUCCCCUCUGUUCACUUCCAAGAACGCAAACUGUUUAUAGCACAUUUUCUGCUUACAUGCAGACCCUACAGUUCCCCUACCCAAUUUCAUAUCCAUUUUCAUUAUUGUCUUUCACUAAAACUUGGCUGUGACUCUUACAUGUUUAUUGCCUUGCUCCGUCCAUUUUCUUUCUCUCGACACUUUUAUAUGUAUCGAACAUUCCAUACCAACAUGAGCAAUUUUUGCCCCAAACCCAACAACUUUGGUCCAACAACAAGUCCCCCGUGCUCUUGUUCUCUGCUUUCACUUUAUCAUGGUUGUUUUUUCUUUGCGAUGCGCAACAUGUGUUUUCAUGAGAG